AGCGGAAAAGUAGAAACUGCAGUAGCAGAGCACUAAUAGCGCAACAUGAGAGUUUACCACUUGCUGCUGAUUGGAUUUGGCUUGGCAGCGAUUGCCAGCGGACACAAGGUCAGGAAGCAAUCGUUGGCGGAGGAAGCCCUAAUCGAGGAGGAAGCUUCUUUAAGCGCACCACUUUUGGAGGAGAAGGAGAACGCUCUGGAGAAGGAGAACGCUCCGGAGAAGGAGAACGCUCCAGAGAAGGAGAAGGAUCUGCUAAAGGAGCUGUUGAAGGAGCUGGUAAAGGAGCAGGUAAGGGAGCAGGAGAAAGCCAGGGAGGAGGAGAAGGCAAAGGAGCAGGAGAAAGAGCAGGCGAAGCCACACGCAGAAGUCACCACCCCUUGCAUCACCACCACCACAUGCACCCCACCACCACCUUGCACCACCACAACGUGCGCCCCACCACCACCUUGCACCACCACAACGUGCGCCCCACCACCACCUUGCACCACCACAACGUGCGCCCCACCACCACCUUGCACCACCACAACGUGCACCCCACCACCCUGCACCACCACAACGUGCGCCCCACCACGACCACCUCCCUGCACCACCACCACAUGCACCCCACCACCCUGCACCACCACAACGUGCGCCCCACCACGACCACCUCCCUGCACCACCACCACAUGCACCCCACCACCCUGCACCACCACAACGUGCGCCCCACCACCACCUCCACCUUGCACCAGGACUCCACCACCACCCCCACCUUGCACCAGGACUCCACCACCACCACCGUGCACCAGGACUCCACCACCACCACCACCGUGCACCAGGACCCCACCACCACCACCACCGUGCACCAGGACCCCACCACCACCACCUCCCUGCACCACCACCACAACGUGCGCCCCACCACCACCUACUCCCUGCACCACGACCACCACACCCUGCAUCACCACGACCACCACACCCUGCAUCACCACCAGCACCACUGCGGCGCCACCAGAGAGCGGUGACGCUCUUCCGGAACCCAUCGUCGCAGAGUCCUUGGCCGACCUCCUGAUCUCUCGCCACGACUGCCGCGGCCUGGAGGAGGGAACCCUGCUGGCCGAUCCGCGCCACUGCCGCCGCUUCUACGUUUGCAGCCGCCAGAGGACCAAGCGCCAGAGCUGCCCCAGCGGCCAGUGGUUCGAUCGCGCCCUGAAAACGUGCCGGUCCCGCCUUGAGGUCCAGAACUGUGCCGCCCGCCGCAACUAGGGCGUGUCCUUGAAUCAGUGUCAAAGCGUUAGUGCCUAUUGCGCCAAAUCUAUUUUUUUUUUCGUGUGUAAGCCUGAUAAGUGUGAUUUGAAGGCUAUUAGACCAUUUUGUUUCCCAUUACUUCCAAAUUGUAAAUGACUAACUAAUGAGCAAUCAAUAAAUGAUUCAAUGAGUAUAC